AUGGCGACAACUACUGAUACAAGAAACAAGGGGGAGAAUGGAGCUAAGAUUACCAUUGAGAGCAGUAAUGAAGAGCUGAAACAUCUUGGAUUCGUAAAAGUAGCUUAUUUUAACAUUUUAAUUUUUGGGUCUAGUUUUUAUGAAUUCGUUAAAGAUAAUUCUGGACCAUUCAAAUCUGAGAUUGGAAAAGUUGAGGGUAUUGUUAGUCCUGUUCUUGACAAGUUUAGAGAUGUACCUGUUCAUCUUCUUGGAUUUCUUGAUCAAAAGGUUGAUUUUGCUACAAGUAAGUUCGAUGAACAUGCUCCUCCUGCGGCUAAGCGGUUAGCCUGUCAAGCAAGGUCAAUGGUUCAGAAGGCGCUGGGAGUGACCUCCAGUCUUGCAUCCGAGGCUCAAACCAGAGGUGUAACUUCUGCCGCAUGUUCUGCAAUUACAAAGUCCAGAUAA